AUGGACGGUGACAGCAUGGACAUGGCCAACCCGAGCCAGGUUGAAGACCGAGUUGAGGUCAGUUUUGAAGUCGGAGCCCAUGGGAUGCCGGAGUCCGACCAGGUUGAAGUGGCCGAGAACAAUGGUGAGGCACUUCGCCUGGCGGAGGCUCCGGAGACUACGGAGGCGCUCGAAGCAGAGGCUGCAGAGGCUGCGCAGCAGAGGGAGCGCCUGUGGGCGCAGUUUUCAAAGGAUGAUUUGAUGAUACUGAAGGAUCUGCCGCAAUCUCAUGUGAAGCCAAUGAACUUCGACCAGUCGAUCGAUCAGGACAACGGACAAAUUCUGCGCACAAAAGGCGACAAGGAAAAUGGCGAAGAUGACCGCCCAGCCCGUCGCCGCGACCGCGGGGACCGCGGGGAUCGCGGUGGAGACCGCGGGGACCGCGAUCGAGGACGGAGGAACAACUUUGAGCAUGAGUUCGAACAUGAGGACCAGAGCGAGAAAUGGCGGAAUCGCCACGAGCGGCACGGCCGCGAAAAUCGCCACGAAAGGGAACGACAUGAUUGGCACGACCGGACCGACCGGGACUCCAGGUGGAGCACCUGGGGCUAUGGCGCCCACGGCACCCAGGCUGAUCCUUGGAACACGUACGACGAGCCAGAACCCCAAUGGGACAUGCCGGACACAUCCGCGGUGAACGAUGGCGGCAGUUUGCUGGACUGCACGCUGGGCGACAUUCGAAAGUACAAUGCUCCGCCUGCGCCGACAACCACGAGUGAGCGCAACGGUAUCCGUGAGCCGCCAGUGCAACACGUACCACUGACCGCCCCUGAACCCGAAGUCCAGGUUCGAGAGGGGGUGCCGAAGGAGGACAAGCAGCAAUCUCGAGGAUUCAGUAGGUGGUUUGCCAAUGACAAGCCAUCGCCCGAGGUGAAGCAAGACGACGAGGAGUUUGAAGUGCGUCGAAGCGAAGUGCCGGUUGUCAGCGUUCCUGCGCCCCCGCCUACACCCUUGCCCGUCGUUACAGCGCCUGCGCCUGCUCCAAAGUUGGCAGCGCCCUUGGCGCCCAUCGCUGAAAGGCCUACUGCACAGCCAGUGACACCAGGUGUCCUCACAGGUGGCCACGCCCAUGCCACCCACCAUGCCCACGGCAACGGCGGUCUCCACGGAAAUCACGUGGGCAGCACGCAGAUGCGGAAUCCGCCCUCAGCCCAUGCCGGCCCCUCAGCCCAUGCAGGGAAAGGCUCCUACUGGAACGACAGGGCCGGGGCCGCGCAGCAGUCGCAGUCCAAUUCACAGAAGCACGGCACCAACAGCGCCGGCAGCCAGAUCCUCUCCAUGAUCGGCGCCAGGCAGAAAGAACCAGUAUCCCAUCAUGAACCUUCCGCGAAUGUUCCGAACAAGGUAACAGUCGCCGAUUUGUUCCAGAUCGCCAAAGGGCAGGAAUUGCCACCCAUUCCAGCCAUGUCUAGCCAGUGCCCGCCCAGUAGCACAGCCACUGGGCCAGGAAUGCAUUCGGCCGAGGAAGAGAAGGCGCGCAAUCGCAAAGCUGCGCGAGACAUCUGGCAAGCGUCACACGCUCCUGCGGGCCACAACCCGCCAGACAGGCAAGCAAACUACCACGGACCUGGCACAGGCAGACAGCGGGCUCCGGAGUGGGGCGAUCAGUAUGCACAGACACGAGCUCCAGCUGCGAACAACGCUCGCGGGGCGAAGGCUCCGGCUGGGUAUGCAAAUCCUCCAGCUCAUCCGACGUUGACUUCACAUUUCCAGAGUGCUCGAGCACCCUAUGGCACGUACAGUGCCGCACCGGAGGCCCACAUGGCGGGGGAGCGCUACGACACCGUGGCCAAUGCUACGCUCCCUUCCAAGCCACCUUCGCAGGCAGCGCCUCUUACGGCAGCUUUCAAUGGGGUCCCAGGCCCAGGACCAGGGCUUCGACCGGAGGCACUUGGCGCUCCCAGACCCGGAGCCGCGGCGGCCGGGGCCGCGGCGGCCGCGGCCGCGAUGCCCACUUUUCCCAGCCCCCAGGCCAGCUACCACAGUGGCCUUCAGACCUCGGGUCUGGGCCAGGGAAGAGACGGCCAGCCCGGGCAGUUCGAUGAGGAAGCUGAAGCCGGCUGCUCCCAAAGCUAA